AUGGCCGCCCUGCGUACCGUCUUGCGGUGGCGCCGCCGCUUGGGCUCUGCACCUAGCGCCCUGUCGGCGCGGAGGCUGUGGGCCGGCGGCGGGGCCGAGCCGGCCGGGCCGAGAAGGUGGCGGCGGGAGCUGGGCUGGGCUGCGGGGGCGGCUCUCGCCGGCUACGCGGGCUAUCAGCUGUCCGAGCGGCGGCGGCGGGAGUCCUCCCGGCAGCCGGCAGCCGCCGAGGCGGGCGGAGCUCGGGCGCUGCUCCCCAUCCCCGUGGCGGCCGCUGCCAAGGAGACGGUUACAGAAAACAGAUCAGACCUUGAAGAUUUACACCUUUAUGCGACACCUCGGGAGCAACGGUUUCGUAGGUUUGCCAGUUUAGAAUUUGAAGGACAGCUGUAUAUGACUCCAUAUGACUUCAUUCAGGCUGUCACAAAUGAUGAACCGAAACGUGCUAAAACGUGGCGAUCCCUUUCCAAGCAGGAAUUGAAUCAGAUCCUUAUGGAGACACCACCAGUUUGGAAAGGCUCAUCCAAAUUAUUCCGUACUCUUAAUGAGAAAGGUGUGAUAUCUUACACAGAAUAUUUAUUCCUCUUAUGUAUUUUAACAAAGCCUCAUGCAGGUUUUAGAAUUGCUUUCAACAUGUUUGAUACUGAUGGCAAUGAAAUGGUGGACAAAAAGGAAUUCUUAGUGCUACAGGAGAUUUUCAGGAAAAAAAAUGAGAAGAGAGAAAGAAAAGGAGACGAAGAAAAACGUGCAAUGUUGCGUAUUCAACUUUAUGGAUAUCAUACUCCUACUAACAGUGUUCUUAAAACAGAAGGAGAGGACCUUGUCCCCAGAAGCUACUGGGAUACUUUGAGACGUAGCACAAGCCAAGCUCUCUUUUCAGACCUUGCGGAGCGUACUGAUGAUAUUGCAAGUUCACUGUCAGAUACAACACUGCUUGUACACUUUUUUGGCAAGAAAGGAAAAGCUGAACUGAACUUCGAAGAUUUUUAUAGAUUUAUGGAUAACCUACAAACUGAGGUUCUAGAAAUAGAAUUCCUUUCCUAUUCUAAUGGAAUGAACACUAUCAGUGAGGAAGACUUUGCACAUAUUCUUUUGAGAUAUACCAAUGUAGAAAAUACAUCAAGUUACUUGGAAAACAUGCGCUGCAGGAUUCCUGAAGAAAAGGGUAUCACCUUUGAUGAAUUUAGAUCAUUUUUCCAGUUCUUAAACAACCUAGAAGACUUUACAAUUGCAAUGCAAAUGUAUAAUUUUGCAAGUCGUUCCAUAGGUCAAGAUGAAUUCAAGCGUGCUGUUUAUGUAGCCACAGGUGUAAAGCUUUCACCACAUUUGGUGAACACGGUAUUCAAGAUUUUUGAUGUCGACAGAGAUGACCAAUUGAGUUACAAAGAAUUUAUUGGCAUUAUGAAAGAUAGACUUAAUCGAGGGUUUAGGGAGAGUCCCAGGUAUGGUUGGAAGGAGUAUUACUCUUGUGUGAUGACUGUAACCAGUGAACAUCUCAGAGAUCUAUGGAAACAAUUUCGGAGACGAGAUAUGCUGAGAUAGAGAAAGCAGGAUUAUGUGCCCUGGUUAGAACUAUAUUUAUUCUUACAAACUCUGGUUGAAGAACAGGCUAACCCAGGUGGAUCAUGAAUCUUCCAGUUGCAGUAGAAAACAAAGGACUGCUUUUCCAAUAAAAGUGUAGAAUUCGUACAAUCACUUUUCAGUAUGUAUUUCAUUUAAAUGACAAGCUGUAGUCUGAUUGGCACAAGUCUUUUUCAUAAGAAUGCGUUUUGAAUGUUUGUUGUUAUUUUGAGAUAUCUUUCUCACGUACAGGAAAACAAAAAUAAGUAUUACACCUGAAUAAACAAACAUUUCUGCAAUGGAGAGAAACUGGCUAUAUCAACUUAGACUGUGAAUUUGCUUUCAGAAGAACACUACUAGAUGUUUGUGCUAAAUUGGGAAUGAGAAUGCUUUAUGUCACAAAUUACAUAUGAAUUUGAAUGUACAAAUUACUCUUAGAAGUUAACAAAGCUGUUAUGGUAAAAUUAUUGAUUAUAAUGUGAAAGAUAGGUAUUUACCUAAGAGAGGUACUGUAUGAACUAUAAUGUUCAGAUUUUCUAAGUCUUAUUAUUAUCUUUAUUAAUUUAAUCCUAUAAAAAUUGUACUGAUUUUAAGGUGUCUUAUGCGUAGUAUGUUGAAGGGAAGUAAAAAUAUUCAAAUUCCUGUUAAGUAACACACUUUAUGAUAUUUAUUAUAAACCUUAUUUCCAUGUGUAUAUUCACUUACGUAUUUCUGGUAGAGUAAAAUUGUGUUUCUUGUUAAUAGUGCACUUCUAUAUGAAGACGUGGCAUUGAGUAGAAAUUAUAGUUGUCUAAUUCAGUACUCUGGAAUGCAGCAUCUGAAAAAUAAACAACUCGUGUUUGUGCCAAAUUAAAAAGCAAAACAAAAUAUGAGUGCAUGCAGCAGCACAGAGUAACACUUACUAAUAUUUAAAUAUUUCACAUCAAAUACUAGACAUAAAUUAGGCCUUACUAAGGUGAUGGAGACUACAGGCAGUCAGUAGCCACCUUACCUUUCAUACCCUGUAUGUUUAGAUAAUACUGAAACAGUCAUCAAAACAUUGUUACAUUUGGGUUUUCCUCUUAAUUUUUUUCUUUGCUACUCUGCAGCAGUGCUUUUUUUCCUUACUCCCUUUCAAGGUGACUAUUAUAUGUUGUCUGUUAGAGCUGAAGAAACAUAAACACAGUUUUUAUAUUGCUAUUGAAAAGGUGGACUGGAUGCUAAAUACAUCUGUAUUUGUAUAGGAACAAUCUAUGCCUUGAAAUAUUUCAAACUGAAAACUGUGAGGAACCUGCUUUAGCAUAGGGCUUAGACUCGAUGAUCUCCAGGGAUCCUUCCAACCUCUACAGUUUGUGAAAUCUUUUAUUACUCCAAAUGAUUGUAAGCAAACUUUUUGAAAUUAUGUUUAGUGCACAUUGUUCAAAUAUCAUCUUAUAUCACAUGCAAAUAGAAGAAUAUAUAGCAUCUAUGUAAGUACAGUUGUGUUCAGAACUACUUAAUAGUAACAAUUAUCUAUUUAAAAAUCAAAACAAAACGAAAAGCAGAAUGUUCUUUAAGAACUUUCCCUCGAGAAAGAAAAAAAAAAGUGCUAAUUAGAAGUGCUAAUUAGUCUUUUUAAAUGUAACUUUAAAGAAAAAGUGAGUUCAGAAAGCUUUUGAAGGACGCUGUUUUAAUUUACAUUUCACUGUAAAUACCAAAUUUCCACCCUGACCUCCUUAAGCUACUGACAAUAUGAAAAGAAUCAGAAAAUGUUUGUAUAGGGGUUCUUGAAUUGAUACAGCAGGACAUGGAUAAGAUAUAAUCCCUGUGUUUGAUUUAGGGAAUGAUUAGUAUUCAAUGUAUCAUCUUGGUAUGCAGAUCUGUCUCACUGCUUCUUGUCAGUGCAAGUAAAACCCAGUUUGCUACUUCAGUGAUGAAGGACAGAAACGGGAAGAAGGGAUAGGGAGUUAUUGAAGGAGUUCCCCUCAUUCCUCUUCAGUCAUUACUGCCCUCUCACCAGUGGUCCUCCUGCUGGAAUAGGCAGUAGCACCAUCAUCAUUUGUCUGCUUCCUUACUGUAGCCAACAGUGCAUUUUGCUUUUAUGGCUGGCUUGAGACAAUUUUGUCAUUUUUCUAUAUGUGUCCUAACUGUAGCCACAGAGUAUAAAAUAGAAUGUGAAAAAUGUCAGAUUAGUUUUUAAGAGUAUUUUUUUUCAUAUUUAAUAAUAAUAAUAUAUGUAAUGUAGAAUAUGAACAUAUGUAUUUUAUUU